AUGGAAGGAAAAACCAAUCUGUUCGUGUUCCUGGACUGUAAUGAACAACAACACUCAGCCAAUACGGAAGCUCCGAAUAUGAUUUCUCCCAAUCGCCAAACACAACAAUUAACGCUUUUCUCUUGGCUUGCCACACCUGGCCACAGGAAAUGUGGUCGAUUCCUUACCAGCAGUUUUACAGCUGCCUCAGAUACUUUGUCGCCGAUUGGGAGUUUUUCAUCUUCAGCCCAAUGGGGAGACCAAGGACUCCCCGCCGUCACUUCCGCCUCCGGUUGCCAUGGAAUGUGGUAUAGUGCUCUCUUGGUUGCGCCCUCGGUUUUGUUCGCCAUCUAUUUGGCGAUUAGCGCCAUCAAGAACCUGAAGAAGUUUUUUCUUGGUCGCUCGUUUAUAAUGAUCUCGUAUUAUGCCCUUCUCUGGAUCACUACGCUCCUAAAUCUUGCUUGGUGCGCUCUUCAGGCAUGGGAAUGCUCUCCCGGGAAGAAGGUUCUUUGGAAUCUUUUGUCAUUGUUCACAUCAUCUGGAAUGUUGUUUCUGGAAAUUAGUCUGGUGGCUUUCUUACUCAAAGAAAAUUAUUCAGGUGGGAUGGAAGCCUUGUUGCACAAUUUUAUCAUCUCGGGAACUCUAGUUGGUGUUGAUGUGCUUCUUAAGGUCAUAUACGUGUUUGGAUUUGGCAUCCCACUGUUCAUUGGGGUUGGUAGUACACACUGGGCAAGGUGGGGUGUAUGGACCAUCCACAAGUUCUUGCUAACUGCAGUAUAUGGCUUCGUAUUGUUUGUUCAUUUCUCAAAAUGGAGAGAUAAGCUACCACCCAGACCAUCGUUCUAUAAUUACAUUGCUGUGAUGUUUGUUGUUAGCGCUUUAGCAUUUUUCGCCAGUGGGCUUGCUGCGUUUGAAGUUAGGUUUGGCAUCUGGUUGUACAAUUUCACGGUUAUCAGCUACCAUUCUAUGUAUCUUCCUUUCCUGUAUGUGACGUUUCUGGCAGAUUUUUUCCAGGAGGAAGACUUCCUUUUGGAGAAUGCGUACUAUUCAGAAAUGAGAGAUGCAGGAUUCUUUGAUUCAGAGUGGGAUUAGCCUCAACUCUUGAGAGAAAACCUAUCUCUGUAUGUUUGUAUGGUUGAUGUUUACAUACGAUGUAAAUAAAACAUAAACAGAAAAUUUUCAUUAGCAAUAAAGCCUAAUUAUCUCAA